CUUUAACUCAUAGUUUCUACAAGAAAAUAAUUUUCUGAUCUGUGCUAUGGAAAUUGCAACUACCAUUGGAGGUGCUAUUCUUGCUCCUGUGUUUACGGCGUUGAUUGAUCAGUUGGGUUCACAGAACUUGCUCAAUUAUGCCCGCGAAGGAAAAGUUCUGACUGAACUCAACAAAUGGAAGGAGAUGUUGGAGGAAAUUUAUGUGGUGCUUGAUGAUGCAGAGGAGCAGCAGAUGACCAACAAGCUGGUGAAGAUAUGGGCAGACAAGCUCAGGGACUUGGCUUACGAUGUGGAGGACAUUCUUGAUGAGUUUGACAUCGAGGCUCGAAGACGCAAGAUGAAAGCUGGUGAGAGUAAGGUACGAAAACUCAUUCCUUCUUAUGUUGGCAUGACGUUCAGGGCUGAGAUGGUUUCCAAGAUAAAGGAAAUUACUGCCCGAUUAGAAGAGAUCAGGUCACAGAAAAAUCGCCUGGAUUUGAGGGUGAUUGCUGGUGAGAGGAGCAGUAAAGUGAGGGAAAGAAGACCAACAACCUCUGUGGUGAAUAAAGAAGAGAUCUAUGGGAGGCAGGAAGAUAAGAAGGCUAUGCUUGAAUUUUUGAAUAAUGAGUCUAGUGAUGCAAGAGUCUCUGUGAUUUCAAUAACUGGGAUGGGAGGCCUUGGCAAGACAACUCUAGCUCAGCUUCUCUUUAAUGAAGCCAAACUGAACUUUGAUUUAACGGCUUGGGUUUUAGUUGGUGAUGAUUUUGACGUUUUCAGAAUCUCCCAAACGAUUUUCCAGUGGUUUGGUGGAGAUUUUGAUGGCAAAGAUUUGAAUUUGCUUCAAGUAAGAUUGAAGGAAAAGCUGUCCGAUAAGAAAUUUUUUAUUGUCCUGGAUGACGUUUGGAAUGAGAAGUAUGAGGAUUGGAAUCUCUUUCGUGGUCCUUUUGAAUAUGGGGCAAGAGGAAGCAGAAUUAUAGUUACAACUCGCAGCGAACGUGUUUCCCAGAUGAUGGGUAGUGUUCAGUCGUAUCCUCUUAAGCAGUUGUCAUAUGAUGAUUGUCUUUCUGUUUUUGUUCAACAUGCUUUGGGAGCAACAAAUUUUGAUGAACACUUGGAUCUGAAAGCGAUAGGUGAAAAAAUCGUGGAAAGAUGUCAAGGAUUGCCUUUGGCAGCGCAGGCCAUUGGGGGGGUUCUACGAGGUGAACGAAAUCUUACUGUGUGGGAGAAACUGUUAAGCAGUGAUAUUUGGGAAGACAAAACUGACGUUCUUCCUGCACUGAGGUUGAGCUAUCACCACCUUCCUUCUAAUUUGAAAAGAUGCUUUGCUUACUGUGCUAUUUUUCCAAAAGAUUAUGAAUUCGAUGAGAAUGAGCUGGUUCUCCAAUGGAUGGCAGAGGGAUUUCUCCAGCAACAGAAGGAAAUGAAGCAAAUGGAAGAGUUGGGUCAUGAAUAUUUCCAGGAUUUAUUGUUAAGAUCCUUUUUUCAACAGUCUACUAGCAAUAAAUCACUGUAUGUAAUGCAUGACCUAAUCAAUGAUCUAGCUCUAUCGAUUAGCAGAGAAGUAUGCUUUUGCCUUAAUUUGGAUGAUAAGUCCAAGGGGAUAAAGUCAUAUUCAAAGGUUCGCCAUUCUGCAUUCACUCGAAAUUUCCAAGAUAUCUUUCAAAGGUUUGAAGUCUUCAAUGAAACUAACAAUUUGCGAACUUUCUCAGCGCUGCCAAAAUUUCCAAAAGGGUAUGUUUACCGGUUAGCUAGUAACGUGGUGCAUGAUUUGGUGCCGAGAUUGAAACGUUUAAGGGUGCUAUCACUGUCUGGUUAUUUGUUUGAAGGGCUGCCAAAUUCAGUUGGUGACUUGAAACAUUUACGCUAUCUGAACUUGUCUUACACUAAUAUUGAAAGAUUACCUAAAUCAUUAAGUAACCUUUGGAACUUACAGACGCUGAAGUUAUGUGAGUGUAGGGAUCUCAUUGAGUUGCAUGCAGGCAUUGGAAAUUUGAUCAACUUGAUGCACCUUGAUCUUAGUGGCACAUAUCAUUUGCUAGAGAUGCCACGGGAGAUUGCAAGUUUGACAAAUCUCCAAACAUUAUCCAAGUUUAUCGUUGGAAAAGGAGAUGGACCUGGGAUAAAAGAGUUGAUGAAAUUUCCCAAUCUAAAAGGGCAGCUUCAGAUUGAGGGGCUACACAAUGUGGUAGACAUUCAAGAAGCAGAGCUUGCAGAUCUAAAGAAGAAGGAGGGUCUUGAUGAAUUGGCAUUGUUAUGGACUGAUAAUUUGCAUGAGACACGAAGUGCUGAGGAUGAAUUAUGGGUACUCAGCUUUCUACAACCUCAUCAAAAGCUGGGAAAGCUUUUAAUUAAAUUUUAUGGUGGUAAGAAAUUCCCGUCAUGGAUAGGAGAUCCCUCAUUCACAAACAUGGUGGACGUAGAGCUUUGCAGUUGCCCAAAUAUAACCACACUGCCACCACUUGGGGGACUACCCAAACUUAGUAAGCUGAUAAUAGAAGGCAUGGGUGGAGUGAAACAAGUGGGUGUUGAGUUUUAUGGGGACAAUUCUUCUUCUUUACAGCCAUUUCCGUCUCUAGAGACUCUACAAAUUGAGAAUAUGUUGGAGUUGAAGCAAUGGGCUUGUUCUGAUGGUCUCAAUGAAGCUGGAAAUUUUCCCAAACUUUGUGAACUGAGAAUAAUUAAUUGUCCUAAGUUGGAAGGGAAACUGCCUAGCUGUCUUCCUUCCCUAAAGGAACUGAAUAUUGAAGAAUGCCAAGAGAUGCUUCUCCUGAGCGUGCCUGAUCUAGCCUCACUCACAAACUUAAAGAUUAGGAGAAUUUCUAGGCUAGCAAAUUUAGAUAAAGUGGUUACACAGGCCUUGGUGGCACUUAAAUACCUGGUGAUUGAUUAUUGCGAUCAAUUGAUGUGCCUAUGGCAAGAUUCGACUAACUUAGACGAACUUGCUUGUCUGAACCAUUUAAUGAUCAACGGAUGUAGGAAGCUUGUGUCAUUGGUAGAGGGAGAAGAAGGGCUUUUGCCUUGUAACCUUGAAGUUUUGUCCAUAUUCGGUUGUCAUGAAUUAGAGAAUCUGCCUAAUGGGCUGUGCAGCCUCUCGUCUCUCGGUGAUUUGAGGAUCAGUUACUGCCCAAAACUUGCGUCCUUUCCAGCUAGAGGUUUGCCUUACGCCCUUAAACGUCUCUAUAUCUUUUGCUGUAAUUCUUUGGAGUCCAUGCCGGAGAGCAUUAUGCAAGCCAGUGAUGCUAGGAAUCAGACAACUCAUCUUGAGGAUUUGAGCGUAAUGGAAUGUCCAUUUCUUGCAUCUCUUCCAUGUGGGGAAUUUCCCCAUUCAGUUAAGAGUAUUAAAUUUUGCCAUUGGACGACAAAAUCAUUGGAGUCGCUUGAUGAUCGGUUCUCGCAUCUCAUUGAAUUAGAAAUACGAGAUUCCCCCAAGUUAGAGAAUUUCCCAGAAAGUGGAUUGGCCAUCCCCAAUCUUAGGUUUUUCAAAAUAGCAAAAUGUGGGAAUUUGAAGUCGCUACCUAAUCGAUUCCAAAAUCUGAAAUCUCUUACAUAUCUAGGGAUCAGAAAUUGUGGAAGUGUAGUUUCGUUUCCAGAAGGAGGUUUACCCCCAAACCUAAUUCGUCUUGAAAUUUCGUAUUGCGAGAAUCUGGCACAACCAAUGUUUGAGUGGAGACUCAAAAGACUCACCUCUCUUACCAAUUUAACAAUCAGUGGUACAAGUCCAAGUACAGAUAUGGUUUCCUUUCCAGAUGAGGAGGGCCAAUUGCUUCCCUCUUCCCUCACCUUUCUUUCUGUUGAUGCUCUUAAGAAUUUGAAAUCCAUAUCCAGGGGGCUUCACAAACUCACUUCGCUUAAGAAGUUACAGAUAUUGUACUGCCCUAAACUCCGAUCCUUGCCAAAAGAGGGCCUUCUUGCCAAGCUUGGAACAGUGUAUAUCAUAGGUUGCCCGCUUCUGCAAAAACGAUGCACAAAAAAGAAAGGAAAAUAUUGGCCCUUCAUUGCUAACAUUCCCCAGCUUGAAAUCCAUUAAAUAAAGAUCCAGAUGGAAUUCUGCGCACAAGAAACAGUGACGGUAGGACGAAGGACGAAAGCACUCCAUAAAUGAGUUUAUGUAUUUUCAUUUGUAGGUAAGCUUCUUAUUAAGCUAAAUAUAGAUAUUGUCCUGGGAGAUGUCUUUGUAACCCCAAGAAGGGAGUUCAACAAUUUCUGGAAAUUCUAAGCUGCAGGGAAUAUGUCUGGAGGAUCCAAUUCUGUUGGAGGAGAUUACAGAAAGAAGGUCGUAGAUUCUCCAGAUAAAAAGGUGCUGAAAAAGAAGAAUCUAUAAACAAGGGAGGAUAAAGUUAGAACCAGUCAUCCUAAAAUUCGAUCCUUGCCAAAAGAGAGCCUUCUCACUACACUUGGAACAUUGCAUGUUGAAGUGUGCCCCCUUCUGAGAAAAUGGUGCAUAGAAAAGAAAGGAAAAGGAGCAUUCCAAACUUGUUGAAGUAGCAGUGAUUUUCUGGGCACUGCUUUGUCAUGAAUAUGAGAGCUGUAAUGUGAGUGUCCAUUCUUCAAGGUCCCUUUUGAUUGAACUGUGUUAACCAAUUCUUAUGCCAAGUCCUUAUUUUGAAAGGUUUUUGCUUGGUUAUGUUGCUGUCAAGCUUGAAUUUCUCCUAGCCUCUAAGUCUUGGCUGUAGUCUAUCUUUGGCUUUUAUUUCUGAUACUGAUUGACGAUCAAAGUACUAGUUUUUAGAAUGUUUUGAAUGUAUCUUCAUUCUUCAAUUUCACCCGUUGCUGACAGUUGGUUGUUGACUAUCCAUUAUACUAUAUUCAUCUGGUGCUAAACUGUUAAUUCACUAUCCCUAUAGUGAAAAUUUCCCUGUUGCCAAGAAUCUUUCAACUAUUAUCAUGCUCUAUAUUACUUAGCAAGAAACUAUUGGAACAAUAUAAUAAUUAUAUUUUAUUCAUCUGGACAGUUGGUGUUUGCCAAGAAUCUUAGAAUAACUUGAUACACAGGUGUUUAAUCGUGAUAAUUUAUGUUCUUCAUCAUCAGUAUGUUUCUGUUUAAACCGUGGCUUCAAAUAACGGUUGCAGCAGCGUUCGCAAUUGCAGUUAUGGACAAUGAAAAUAAAUUUGUAACGAUCAU